UCAGGAAGGUCUGUUAAAACGGGUAGCUUCACCAGACACUGUCAGAGAAAGUUCCAGGCCAGGUAUGCGGGCAAAAUGAGAGCAAAUGAAGUGAACAACACAACUGGACAAAUAGACCAUGCUCUUCAACAGCUGGACUACAACCAAACCUUCUCUGGAGAUUUUGUCAUUGUUGGGGGAGAACUGGGACUCAAUGACUUCUACACGGAGCUCUCUGUUCUCCUCCUGGUGGUCUACCUCGUAGUCAUCAUUGGAAACCUCACAGUUUUCUCCGUGGUGAUGCUGGAAACCAAACUGCAUACGCCCAUGUACUUUUUCCUCAGCAACCUGUCAAUCAUUGACAUCGUCAUCACAACCAGUGUUCUGCCCAAGAUGUUGAUGGUGUGCCUGUGGAAUGAUGUCGUCAUUUCGUUCUCUGGGUGUUUCUUGCAGCUCUACUUCUACUUGGCGUUUCAGUCUGUUGAGUGUUUCGUGCUGACCGCGAUGGCCUAUGACCGCUACGUGGCCAUUUGUAACCCUCUACGCUACAAUGAUAUCGUCACUCCCAGGACUUGUGUCAUACUUGCCAUCUCUGCUUGGAUUUGUGGAAUUCUGUUACCCCUUCCAAAUGUAGUCCCCGCCUCAAGAUUAUCUUACUGUUUCAACACAAUUAUGUUCUGGUUUUGUGAUUUCCCUCCUGUUAUUGCACUGUCCUGUGUGGACUCGACGUUUUUGCUGGUCCAGGCUCUAGGCAUUGCUUCCAUAGCGCUCGUUUUCCCAUUCUUUCUCAUUGUUUUUUCUUACUAUAGAAUUGUUGUGGCAAUCUGCAAAAUCAAAUCACUGGACGGCCGUAAGAAGGCCUUCUCCACCUGCUCUUCGCACCUCAUCAUCGUCAUUCUCUUCUUUUUCGCCCACCUGUGCGUCUAUAUCAGUGCCACGAUAAAGAAUGUCCAUCCGAAUGUUCUCAUCUUGAUCUCCAUCUUCAACUGCUUCCUGACUCCUUUUGCGAACCCCAUCAUUUACAGCUUCAGAAAUAAGGACUUGAAGACCGCUAUUCGAAAACACUUCCACCUCUGCGAGGUUCUUUCCUGACAUUCAAGCGUUCCUUUUUUAUGUUCCCUGUUCAAUUUUCCCCGUCGUUUCCCAGUUAUUUUGUUGACUUGUCCCUUAAUUGAUUUGGGCUGUGUCACACGGAUGCUAUGGUUUUCAAUAAUGCUUUACUGAGCGUUGGCGCACUAUGAAAAAUAUUUUCAUUGACACCCUGUGCACGUCUGCCCCUAGACUCUUAGUUUUAACUGGCACCUUUUAGUUUUUAUUUUUAUUUUAUUUUAUUAAUAAUCAUUACACGUACAUUAUAUGUAUUAGUUCGUUCCUUAUUAAUUGAGCUGUCAAAUUGUGUCUUAUUGCUUGAAAUUUUAUGAUCAGAUUGAACAUGUAUUUCUUUGUCCAGUAUUUUAUUUUUUAUAUAAAAUGUUAAUAUUCAUGCAAAGAUAUUUGGCUUGUUGUAUACUUGCUUUCAGAUUACAGGUGGUAAUAUAAUGUCAUUACAGCUCGUUGUAAAAACAUUUUGACAGACGAAAAUGGCUCAGAGAAACAACAACAAUAGGCUGCUUUAAGGCUUAAACAACUUAUUCUUUAAGCAGAGUGUUUCCAUAAUUUGUGCCAGUAUUGUACCUAUCUUCAAGUUUGUGUUCAUUUUUACCACCAAG